UAAUGAACCUAUGGAAUUUGAUGGUCCAGAUGGUCCCGUUACUCAGAACGAAAUUAAUUCAUAUAUUAGUUUCUCAGGACAGCCUUCUAGAAUGCCUACUACCGCAUUGAGUAAUAUUCUGGCUGAUGGUGGCACUGGUCAGGAUGUAGAAUCUUUAGGGUUAAUUUAUGAAUUUUCACAAAAUCCUCAAAUACUCGAUAUUAUGAUAAACUUUACCGAUAAAUUUUUAUCACUUAGAAAUGACCCUGAAAAUGGUCGAGUUAUGUGGACAGGAAAAAGAGAAUUUGUUUGGUGUACAAAGGCAGCUGAUGCUGAUGACGCUGGUUAUGCCGGUUCUGAAGGUCUUGAUACAGCUGGUAAAAUAGCAUACGCUGCUUACCUUAUCCUUAAGACUCCUUGUCUUUGGGAAGAAACGGUUACAGACAAUGAUCCUUAUAAUUAUGGCAAAACAUAUAAAGAACGUGCUAUUAAAUAUGUGACCGAAAUGGAUAAAACUAUCGAUACUUAUUAUUUAAAGUAUUUUAUUCAUAAGAACGAUUCAAAAAUUUAUAAUCCAAAUUCAUCAGAUUGGUUAACUGUUAAAGAUUUACCACCGAAUUCGCCAAUGCCUUGGAACCGUCAACAAAUGAUGACAAAUGGAUUUUUAAGAGUGGCUGAAUGCCAUGAGAUUCUUCUCAAAUAUGGAAUUGGUAAUAGUAGUGAUAAUAAACGUCGAAUUGAUAAAUAUUUUACUAUUAUACGAGUUUCUAUUGAUUGGAUGGUCAGUGAAUUCCGUCAAAAAACAACCGAUGAUGGUAUAGAUGUAUACUAUUGGUCUUAUAAGGAAGGUGAUAAAUCUGCUGAGCUCAUUAAUAUACAUGCUCUCUACGAUAUUUGGGGUUUAUAUAGAGCAUGGCAACGUAAUGACAAAUUACAAUUAGACCUCAAAGAUGUCAUGACUAGGAUGGCUAACACAAUGAGAUACGUAAUUUAUUUGGGUGAUAAUAAAAUUUCAAAGCGAAUAGACGGUACAUCAUCUGCUAGUGAUAAAACCGGUAAUCUUUAUGGCCCUUGGGUAUUUUAUUCCGAAUUUAUUCCAGAUUGGUAUGAAAUUUUUAUCAAUCUCAGUCAGAAUAAAAUGUUAACUGGACCACGGUACCUAGGCGCAAUCCUUUGGACGAAAAAUGCGCGUGCACGUGGUAAAUUUCCAACCUAA